AUGCCGGGGCUGUGCGGGCGCUUCCCCUCGCUGCUGCUGCGGCUGGCGGCCGCGCUGCUGCUCCAGGGGCGGCCGGUCCCCGCCGCCGCCACCAGCCCCGCCGAGCUGAGCCGCAGCCGCCCCGGGGCACCCUCCGCGGCUACUGCAGGAUCUGUGUUUAUGCUGAAAGUUCAAGUAAACGACAUUAUCAGUCAUCAGUACCUACGCCAAGCAAUUGUAGAAGUGUUUGUUAACUACACAAAGACAAACUCCACACUCACUGGAAACAAUGGAGUAGUAUUAAUAAAAGUUCCCUACAAGUUAGGUCUAAGUUUAACUAUUGCAUCUUACAAAGAGGGCUACAUGUUAACACCAUUGCCUUGGAAGACUGGGAGAAUGCCAGUAUACUCAUCUGUAACACUUUCACUGUUCCCACAAAGCCAAGCUAAUAUAUGGUUGUUUGAAGAUACAGUUUUAAUUACUGGAAAACUGUCUGAUGCCAAAUCUCAACCAAGUGUUCAGUUUCCCAAAACUUUAAUUAAACUUCCUAUAAGCCACCAUAUUACAAACGUGACUGCCUAUUUGACAGUGCCACAGCAGUUUUUGAAAAUGGAUAAUUUUCUUUAUACAACAGGAAUUCUUCUAAAUAAAUCAGGUUUUAAAAGCAUUGAAUUGACCCCUCUUGCUGCAAUAUGUGUAAACCUCCUUUCAGCUGGGAAAGAAUUGAAAGUGACUGGUCCGAUUCAUAUUAUGCUGCCUCUUCUACCGACAAGUAGGGUAAAAUCAGGAGAUGCUAUACCUGCAUGGACAUUUGACAUGAAAACUGGUGCUUGGGUAAGUCGUGGGCUGGGAAUGGUCAAGAAUGCAAAUGACCAUUUAGUAUGGACGUAUGUUGCUCCACACUUGGGAUACUGGAUAGCAGCUCCAGUGCCUGAAACCAGAGACUCUAUUAUUAGUGCAGUUUCCAAGGACAUAACAGCCUAUCACACAGUGUUCCUUACAGCCAUACUUGGAGGUACUAUAGUCAUUAUCAUUGGAUUCUUCACUGUUCUUCUCUGUUACUGCAGGGAUAAAUGUGGCCAAUCACAUAAGAGAGGAAAAAACACAACUAAACUGGAGGUCUUAAAAAAGGACCAGACAACAUCAACAACUCACAUAAAUCAUGUCAGUGCUGUGAAGGGGUCAGUAAAGCUAGAGGAUAAAUCACAAUCAUACAUGCCCAAGCUUUCCUCCUUUAGCCCUCAUGGAAAGACUUCUAUGGAAACAGAGGACAAAAAAGCCUGGGACAAUUUUCAAAUCUACACAGAAAAUGUUUCAUAUCAAUCCAAUCAGAGUGGUCACACGAGGAAUUCAACUCAGCCCUUGGAGCCUAAUGCUGGAGUUAGACAAUUACAGCACUUUAACAGCAGUGUUUCUCAAUCUCCCAGGGACAUUCAAGACCAAAACAGAUAUCUUGCAGUGAACGAAGAGAUGUAUGGACUUUCCCAUAUCCCAGAACAACUAAUGCAUAUUUAUAGUCAGCCUGUUGCCAUCCUUCAAACUUCUGACCUAUUCCACUCUCCGGAGCAAUUACAUGCUGCUAAGUCAGCUACUUUGCCAAGAAAAGGGCAGGUAGUCUAUAGCCCAAUGAUGGAGCCCAUGAAUCGAGACAGCUAUACACAGACGUUGCCCAAAAUGCCAAUGCACUCUCCUCUCCAGCCCCCCACCUGCAGAGAUGAGAAAGCCACAUUAGAUGGUCAACAGGGCUUAUCCUCACAAACUUCAAACUGGGGUCGGUAUACUAAUAAUUUGCUGGAGUCUGUCUCUGUUCCUGGGACACUGAACGAAGCAGUUAUGACACCAUUUUCCUCUGAACUUCAAGGUAUUUCAGAGCAAACAUUAUUGGAGUUUUCUAAAGGAAAACCAUCCCCACACCCCAGAGCAUGGUUUGUGUCACUAGAUGGAAAGCCAGUCGCUCAAGUGAGGCACUCUUUUAUAGAUCUGAAAAAGGGCAGGAAAACACAAAGUAAUGACACCAGCCUGGACUCUGGUGUGGACAUGAAUGAGCAUCAUCCCAGUCGAAAACUGGAGAGAGAGAAAACUUUCGUUAAAAGCAUGCAUCAUUCUAAGAUCCUUUAUUUGGAAGAUUUGGAUCUGAGUAGCAGCGAAAGUGGGACCACUGUUUGCAGCCCUGAUGAUCAGUCUGUGAGACACCUAUUGAAUGGAGGAAGUGGGCCGGUCAUAGAACAGCACACUGAAGAACCACCACAAAAAAAAAAUACAACAAAAGGUCAUGAGUCCAGUACUCCACCAGCUAAAAAAAGAGGUAGACCCCCUAUGGCUAAGAAAGAUAGUCAAACCAAUAUCUGGAAAAAAAGGGAGGAGAGACCACUGAUUCCUAUAAACUGAAACACUGUGUGUUCAGU